CUGAAUAUAAUCUCAUCAAUAAAAUACACGUGCCCCCGAAAACAUGAUGUCACCUCUGCCCACCCACAUUCGUGUCGUGAGGACCCCUUUUCGACUUCCACCACGUCACAAGAAGAGAGAGAGAGAGACUGAGGUUGGCAUAUGCAGCUGUGCUAUGUGUUAUUUUCGUCGUAGGUGUGAGGGUGUGUUUUGUGAUGGAAGAAGAGCCACAAAGUAUCAGCUGGCUGGCUGAACAACAUUCACUUCUCUCUUUCCUUUCUUCUCCACAACAACCAAAAAAGCCAGGUCACAAAUUUUAGAAAAACUCGGUCAGAAAUUAAGUGCUCACCCCUGGCUUCAUUGUUUACUUUUUCCUGUGCAGCAUGUUGACAGCAGUGUAAUCAGUAUAGUUGAUAAGAUAAGCGAGUGUUGUACACUAUUUUAUGGGUGAUAACUUGGUGAUCGAGAGAAGGUUCCCCAAGUUUGGUGUCAUUUGAUAUAUAAAAGAGAAAAUUAUGGAAGGAGGAUCCUCGUCAUCAUCUGGGUCAACGUCAACGUCAACGUCGCAGCUCUUUGUCCAGAUGGAGGCCUCCUCAGCAGAAAUCUCGUCUUCGGAUAAUAAUGCUCCAUCUACGUCUUCUUCGUCGAUGGGGAACACGGUAGUGGGCCCUUCACCAUCCGCAACAACUUCCUCUGUCGCAGCCGUCGCAGAAUCCUUGGCUGCAGCAGUGGAGCACUCCAUGACGGGAGGGGAUGACCAUGAGCCUUGCAAGAAGAAGCCACGUGUUCAUGUGGGUGGGAGUGCCGUGGAGGGUGGGACAACGACGGGUGCAGGGGUGACGAAAUUACGACCAGAAAAGUUGGAGCAUCGUCUGGGUGGCAUUCUUUGUUGUGCAGUUUGUCUGGAUCUCCCAAAGUCGGCCAUUUAUCAGUGCACUAAUGGUCAUUUAAUGUGUGCUGGUUGCUUCACCCAUUUGUUAGCCGACGCAAGGCUACGUGACGAAAUAGCGACAUGUCCCAAUUGUCGUGUGGAAAUAAGCAAGCACAUGGCCUCAAGAAACUUGGCCGUAGAGAAAGCUGUAAACGAACUUCCAUCUGAAUGCCAAUUCUGCAAUAAGGAAUUUCCUCGCAACUCCCUGGAUCAUCAUGAAAAAGAGGAAUGUGAAGAAAGCAGAACUUCUAUUUGCAAAUACCAGCGGAUUGGUUGUCCAUGGCGUGGACCGUUCCAUGAACUACUUCUUCAUCAGGAAAAUUGUAUUCAUCCUAAAAAGUCAGGGGGUGAGGUCAUGGAAAUUCUAGGAGAGUUUGAUAAAGAGUUGGAAAAGGAAAGGAAACUGUACCACAACAUCUUUGAUCUUUUAAACUACGAGAAGAUUACGUUCAAUGAUUUGCAACUAAAGCCAUACCGAACGGACGAAUUUGUGCAUAAAUUAUACUAUGAGACAAGCCGCUUCUCCGCCUUCAACAAUCAGUGGGUUGUCAAAGCCAGGAUCAACAAUAAUCAGCGAGACCCAACGCAAAGUUGUGAUCGUCAACUCACUUAUCAGCUGAUUCUCAAGACGAAGCCGAGUUCAAAUUUGGAUGUUAGCUUUGUGGUUUUGAAAGGACCUUUUGGAGAUAUGAAGGUCAACCCUAGCAUCAACCGGUUUGAAUUUUCAGAACAAAAUAAUGAAUCGCCCUACUUUCACUUGCCCAUCAACGAAAGUUCCGAAGUUAAUCGACUUCUAUCUCAAAAAGCCGUGCAUUUUCGUCUUAUAGCAUUCCUCCAGUAGUAGUAGUCAUUCAAAUUCAUAACAUGCCACACAAAUGUUAAUGGUGGAACCAAGAUCAACACAAGUGAUUUUAAAAUGUUCAAUACAAAUAAUAACGAUGAAGAUACCAUGAGUGAAAGUUUUAUGGUGAAGCUGCAAAAGAAAAAUUGGUUGAUAGUGUAAAAUACAACUCGCGUUUGAAAAAAUGGAAAAGUGAGCUAGAAAUAAAAUUUCAAUUGAGUUCAUAAUUAGUCGUUAUGAAAAUUUAAAAAGUAAGAAUCUUUAGUGACGCAAAUAUAUAUAGUGCUCAAUUUAUUCUAAUUACGUUAUUUAGACGCAGUCUUUAAAUAGUAGUUAAUAAAAUCGUAUUAGCUGGUUAUUUAUUGUGAUGGUUUGUUUGCAUAUUUCUGAGAAUGUGCAUUUUAGUUUCUGAUGCUCUUCUGUUUAAAACUUUGCCUCUAUUAAAAUUAUAAUAUAUACACCUGUAAUUCUCACUUUAUUAUUUACAAAGUUUGAGUUUGGCUACAAUGAAUGAAACCAAAAAUACGUAUUAAAUUAGUCAAGUGUUACAUUAGGACAUGAAAUCGAAACUAAUAUAUGCUUUAAGUAGAUAAUGAUAGUCAGUCAACUAACUUUGGUGUAAGUAGAUUCGCAUUUCUCAAUUGCAAAUAUGUAAGAUUAUAGUAUCCUCUGCGCUUCGUCUUCGUCUCGCAAUUUUAAAAUUCGCAUUAAAUUAGCAGUAGUUUAUAUGAACGCUUCGGUAUUGUAAUCAGCGGAUUAAACUAACCUAUACAUAGUUAUAACAAUUCGUUAAUUUUGUAAAUAUAUGUACUAACUCGUUGUACUAUAUAUCAUGCUAUGCAUGUGACGCGGAUUUUUAUUCCCCUUUAGUCUACUUGUGAACCUAAAAUAUAUUUCCAUCUUGUUAGUUCUGUUGAUUUGUUGUUGAAUUAUACAAUGCAUUGUCAUGAUUAAAUGCGGAUGCAUAUUGAGACUCUAUAAUAUCCAAGGUUUUUGUGUGUAUGUGUUGCUCAUAUGAAAUAAGUUUGGUAUUUUGUUUGUUAUCUUCAAUUUUAAAUGUUUGGAACUGAGACCUGCGAGUUUUAUUCUACGUUCAUCGCCUUUAUUCAUUCAAAAUAAUAGAGAUACCCACAUUGGACAUACCCCCUAAACUAACAUUUUACCAUUUUUGGUGAUUUUAUUUUGUUUUUGUGAAUACCUAUGUAGGUCAUGACAUGCAGAAUAAAGAUAUUAGGAUAUUUAAAAUAAAA